AUGGCAGAGGCAAUUGCAGACUUCUUUGCCGAGGCAAUCCGCCUGUACGAGCAUGUCCUGUCCCUGGACAGUGAAGCAAAACAUGACGAGGAAAACACCUCUCAUGAGAGCUUCUUCUGUGCCUUUGACAUCUUGGCAAGUCGUCUUGCGGAGCACAGCGAACUCACCGCCGUCGAGCCAGACAACCCAGAUGGCAUGGAGAAGAUGCUCAUCAAGGCUUGUUGGAAGAUGUCCCACGAUAUCUUGCUUCGCCUGGGAAGAAAGAAAACUGAGCAACAAGAUCUGAAUGACUACAUCAUUCCAGUCUCGUAUGCCCUUAAUUGGACAGCUCAGGAUGUUGAGGCGUUAGGGACUCGGCUUCUUCAGCUGAACACCCAAUGGCGAUGCCUGCAUCCAAGUGAUGACAAAACAGCACAGUUUGUGCAAAAGUUGUCUAGUCUCCGACCCAUCCAUGAAGUCGCACUGCAAAUCAAAGAUCCAGCGAUGAACACAGAAAUAUCACAAGCAUUAUCAACGCCUGCAUCCAUUCUCAGCGACUUCAUUCUCGAAACUCUCAGCUUCAAGUCAAUGAAAAAUCGUGAGGAAGAAGUGGCCGAGGCCCAUCGCAACACAUUCGACUGGAUAUUCAAGUACUCCUUCGGCGACGUGAGCGAGGGUGGAUUUGGCGAUCAAUUCAGUAGAUGGUUACAAUCUAGUGAACUUGGUAACACAUACUGGAUCACUGGAAAGCCGGGUAGCGGCAAGUCAACCAUCAUGCGGUACAUUUCUGAGCAUAAAACAACCGCUCAGUUGCUCCGCUCAUGGGCAGGAGAGGACAAGCUUACCAAAGCAAGUUUUUACUUUUGGACGAGUGGCUCCGAGGAACAAAGAUCUCAGACUGGCCUAUUGCGUUAUCUGCUUCACCAAUUACUCUCUUCCAGUGCACAUCUAAUGCCAAAAGUCUUCCCCGAAUUAUGGCAAAAACUGUCUACCAUGAGCACUCGAGAGCGGAUUCGCUUCUCGGUAGAGUGGAAUGCGAUUGAGCUCAUGGAUGGCUUCCACCGGUUUCUAGCUCACGCUUUGGAUUCGACAAAGAUAUGCCUCUUUGUUGACGGACUAGAUGAGUUCGACGGUGAUCACCAGGAGAUUAUUCGGUUUUUCAAAGCAAUUGCCGAGGAUGGAGAAAGGAAGGGUGUCAAGCUAUGCCUAUCCUCACGACCUUGGCCCGUCUUCGAAGAGGCAUUCGCAUACGCUGUACCAAAUCUGAAAUUGCAAGAGCUCACCUUUAACGACAUGGCAACAUAUGUUGAGGAUAAUCUUAGCCAGGAUCCCAAGAUGAAACAAAUAGUCUGCCAAAAGGCAAUUGGCGGCAACUCUUUGGUUCAUGAUGUGGUCCAUCGAGCCGAGGGUGUCUUUCUCUGGGUCCGUCUUGUUGUCAGAAAGAUUCUCGAGAUCCAUGGCCACGACCCGGAUCUCUCACGCAUCCGGCCGUUUCUGCAAACUUUACCCUCUGAUCUUGACAAUCUAUUUGACAAACUUCUCUUUCAGGACCAGACACCAGCCCAGAUAACAGAAACGUCGCACAUGUUCCAGUUAGUGCAUGCAAGAGAGGUGGUGGCCAAUUUCAUCAAAGAUGAAUCUGCAAACUCUCUCACGAUUUGGGAGCUGGCUUUCGCUCUGGAUGCAGCGAUUGUGGGAGAUGAUGAGGAUUUCGAGGAAGCCACCAACGAUGAAAUUCAUGCUCGCUGCAAUGCAACAGUUGAAAGAAUCAACGUAAGCUCCACAGGACUCCUCGAGACUUAUCUAGAUCAAACACGCGAUGACCGGUUCGUGCCAAUACUAUCUCAAAGAAGCGAUCACACUAGGGCCCAGGGUCGCGAUCUCGCUGAAAGCAGAGUCACGUAUUUGCACCGCACCGUUCGAGAUUAUCUUAUCGCCAAGCAAGGAGUCUGGAGUAAGAUACUGGGUCAUUGCGCUGCUGACUUUGACCCACAUGAACGACUCAUUCAGUCAUACUGCCAGCGUCUGAGGCACUCUAUUGAGCCCAUUGAGCAUCAUCGCCGACUGGAUGACUGGUAUCCCGAUAUUGCCUUAUCCUUGUCCCAUGCAAGGUACAUGACAUACACACCACGCCGGCAGAAUACACAGAUUGCCCUCGUGAACCAAGUCGAGCAUGGAAUCUCGUGGUAUUGGCUACGGCGACCUGGGGACGAGUACGACCAUUGGGCAAGAGGUUGCUUUGGCACUUAUGAGCAAAGAAAAGGUAACAAGUUGAUCAUUCAACAUCCAUAUCUGGCCUUGUGUACCAAAUUUGGCUUGGAACAAUAUGUUCUAGCCACCCUCGAUCACCUUGCCGAAGACGAGGGCCACGUCGAUUCGGCCGAAACUGACAGUUCGACACUUCACAUCAAGGAAGAGACGCCCCUUCUUUCGUAUGCUUUGGAAUUCCUGACUUCACGUCAGAAGACGAUCAUGCCUCUGUCCUCACCCGCGUUCAUCAAGUCGUUACUCGAGAGCCGUCAUUUAAGCCAUCCGGUGCUUGGAAGGCUCAUUGGUACUGCAAACAUGGAGUUUGACUCUCCCAUCAAGAAGAAACAAGGGACCACACCUUGGCUUUUGACGCUGUCCCAACUCCGCGACGCUAAGCGAAGAGGAUGGAUUGAGCCAUUCGAUGUCAGCACUGAUGGAACAUUCAGAUGGACUAAGAUUGUUAAAUUGUUGAUUCAAGAGGGCCAGGCCGAUAGAAAUGCUUUUUUAAAGUGGAAUGGCUUCGAUGAGGAAUGUUAUGCCAAAGACGUUCUUUCUGGGCCCGAGCAAUUGGGAGGCAUCGACGACUACUGGAUUCAGCAGUUGGGAAAAGUCAUGAUUGAAUGA